AUGCGAUACUCUAUCAUUUGGCUUGCCGCGGUCCUGGUAGCUCUUGGGCUCCAGGGAAUCAAUGGUCGAGCCCUGCUUCACCAACAACGAGGUUUACCAUCACUGGCGCCCGAAUGUAUCUCCAAAGAUUGUACUACUUCAAUCAAUCAUGUACACUUUACCAGAAAUCUCAUUCCCAGAAUCGAGGUUUUCAAGCCUAAGCCACCUGUGGAGAUUGUACCAGAGACGGAAGAAACCACAGGAUCAAAUACCGAAACAGAAUCUGAUCCACCACCCCAACAGGAAAUUACGGAGUCUUCUGAUACAUCCAACUCAGAAACUACAACUCAGCAAACUCAGCAAGAGCUUACACAAUCAGAAACUCCCGUAAAAGAGCCUGCUACUAAAGAUCCUACCUUGGUCAACUCGGGAGAUUCAAAGUCCGGUGAGAAUGCACCUCAAGUAUUGGAUGGAGCGAAAUACAUAGCGCGCGGUAGGACAGUUCAAAACAAUUUGGAUGUUGCUAUAAGCAAAAAAGUGGCAGACAAGGUCGUGAGACCUAGGGGAACUGACCCAUCACCUGAUUCAAAUGCUAAUUGUGGGUUUCAAAUUACUGCAGGAGACGGAUCGAUUGCAAAUGUUUACGACGGGUAUGCACUGGUAAACCCUGUCGACAUAGACAUUCCCAACCCGAUACCAGGUGAAACGGCAACACUCAAGGAUUGGGCGUAUUCGAAACUCGCCGAUACAUUCAAAGAGCCUGAACUUGGACUCUCCGGUGAACCAUCUUUUACUGUCUUGAAUUGGGAUAGUGUGGAGUUGAAAGCAGGUCAAGGAUAUAGAAAUGUUAAUCACGGAGGUUAUAACGCUGACGAAGGUAUCAUUGUGGUUGAUGAUGUAGAAGCUGCAAAUGACAACUUGGCCUCGAGCGACCCUGAAAGACUCCAAUCGUCUAGUAUAACAUAUCAGACAUGGGCACAAAUUGCCGGACCUAGUGGUAAGACUGGAGGCUUGAAGAUGGUUAUUCAGCAGAAUGUGAAGAAUGUUGGAACUAGAAAAAUGAUCAAAGAUGCUUAUACAAGCAAGGGUCUUGAUUUCAAGAAAGAUACCGGAGAUUGGGCUAUGGAUCCAAAAGAUGAUGCAAGACAACAAGCAUUUCUUGCAUUGUUGGCUCAGAUAACGGGAGACCUACGGGAUUUUCACAAUUCAUUGGGAGAUAAAAAGGUUACUCGAAUCUUGACUUAUCAGUUCGAGGGUGAUGAAGAUGAGAUAGAAGUCCAUGAUGGCUUAGGUUGGUGGCAUAUGGUCUUGAUUGUGGGAAACUAA